UUAAACCCCCCUCAACGUUUUUUCUUUGGCUUUUUGUUCUUUCCUUAUUUCUUGCUUCUCACUCCGUCUUCUCAAUCUCCAACAAUGGCAGCUGCGAUGGUUCUCGACCCUCCGCCGUCACUCCCCUCCACAAGACCCGACCUCCAGGGCGGCUCCAACGACCACCAAUUUUCUGACGAAGAUGACCUCUACAGUCGCCUCAAAUCCCUCCAACGCCAGCUCGAGUUCAUCGACAUCCAAGAAGAGUACGUCAAAGACGAACAGAAGAAUCUGAAACGUGAACUCCUCCGCGCCCAAGAGGAGGUCAAGCGGAUCCAAUCCGUGCCGUUAGUUAUCGGACAGUUCAUGGAGAUGGUUGACCAGAACAACGGCAUCGUGGGCUCCACCACCGGAUCGAAUUACUAUGUUAGAAUUCUUAGCACGAUUAAUCGGGAGCUGUUGAAACCCUCGGCUUCUGUGGCUUUGCACCGACAUUCUAAUGCUCUGGUUGAUGUUCUCCCGCCCGAAGCUGAUUCCAGUAUUUCGCUUCUUAGCCAGUCGGAGAAGCCCGAUGUUACGUACAAUGAUAUUGGAGGAUGUGACAUUCAAAAACAAGAAAUUCGUGAGGCUGUGGAGUUACCACUCACUCACAACGAAUUGUACAAGCAAAUUGGGAUAGACCCUCCUCGUGGAGUUUUGCUUUAUGGUCCUCCAGGAACUGGAAAAACUAUGCUUGCCAAGGCAGUUGCUAAUCAUACUACUGCAGCAUUCAUUAGAGUUGUUGGCUCUGAAUUUGUUCAGAAGUAUUUGGGUGAGGGUCCACGGAUGGUUCGUGAUGUUUUCCGUCUUGCCAAAGAGAAUGCCCCUGCAAUUAUCUUUAUAGAUGAGGUAGAUGCUAUUGCCACUGCUAGGUUUGAUGCCCAAACUGGUGCUGAUAGAGAGGUUCAGCGUAUCCUCAUGGAGUUACUGAAUCAGAUGGAUGGGUUCGACCAGACAGUUAACGUUAAGGUUAUUAUGGCCACCAAUCGUGCUGAUACUUUGGACCCUGCCCUACUACGUCCUGGGAGGCUUGAUAGAAAAAUUGAGUUCCCUUUGCCUGAUAGACGACAAAAGAGGCUCGUUUUUCAGGUUUGCACUGCUAAAAUGAACCUAAGUGAUGAGGUGGACUUGGAGGAUUAUGUUUCUCGACCUGACAAAAUCAGUGCUGCAGAGAUUGCAGCUAUCUGUCAAGAAGCUGGAAUGCAUGCAGUACGCAAGAACCGGUACGUCAUACUCCCGAAGGACUUUGAGAAGGGUUAUCGAACCAAUGUGAAGAAACCUGACACUGACUUUGAAUUUUACAAAUGAAGAGGGCCACCAGUGCACAAGAGCAGUACAUUGCUUAUGUUUGUUAAAUUGUUUUGGUCAUAUAUUAACCUUCUUGUUAUCAUAAAUUAGGAGGACUCUGUGAUAGGUCUUCUCAGUAGACUUUGUUGAACAAAUAUCAUCAUAUGCAGAAGUGUUGUAUGGCCAAAACUUGUCUAUUUCUUCUCUGAUGACCUUAUAGAAGGUAUCGAGGGAAUCUUGGAUAUAUUCAUUAGCGCAAAGUUAGGGAUACUUGGA